AUGCUUAGAUCCAACGAAACUGUUCACUCGUACAUACUCAAAAGACGUCAAGAAAGUUGGAGCUUCUCAAAUGUAGUAUGGUCGCCUGUCUAUGGUCGUCUUGAGUGCCGCUUCGACUAUUCUUUCCGCAGCAAAAGUAGUUUUCUCCUUUGCAGUGAUAGCAGUGCGAUCACGUGCCAUUUCACUUUAUCACAUCUGUUUCUGGUUCAGCAUGGGAGGCCAAUAACGGCUCCAAAGCUUGUGUAUGAAUACAGACUGGCUGGGUCGUUCAUUGUUUUUCGUUGUGACAGAUGAAAACACUGCUAUCAAUCCAAAGUGGACUUGAGCUCAUAAAAAGAGAUAUUGGUCAUUCACCGGUGUAUGAUUUCCGAUUGUUGUUCCAUGUUUGAGAACUUAGAAAUUUAGGAACUACUAGAACUUAUUACUUCAUUUGCAAUGAAGUGUAAUGUAUGUAAGAUGUUGACAGAGAUAAAUGUGUUACUAGAA